AUGUCUGACCAGACAACUUCAAACGGCGCCGACGCGUUGGAAGAGACGCUCGGCCGGCUUCUCAAGAAACCCGGCGUGAAAGCCGCGAUUGCUCUGGACCGAGCUUCAGGCGCGAUUCUCAAGACGAGCGGCCAGAUAUCCUCGAUUCGCACAUCGAAGCCACAAGCCGCGCAAGGUACUGGUUCUUUUGCGACCGACGCAGCGACAGGACAACCUAGCGAGACGCAAGGCGCCGAGGAGCUCGCGGCGAUGGUAUGGACAUUUGUCAGUACGGCAGGUAGUCUGGUACAAGAGCUCGAUUCAGAGGAUGAGCUAAAGCUGCUAAGGCUACGGACGAAGAAGCAGGAGCUCGUCAUCGUUCCCGAUUCGAAAUAUCUCUUGAUCGUAAUUCACGACACGCCGCCGGCAUGA